UGAAAGCUGUCUUCAUCGACUCUAAUGCCACUAGGUAUCCAAGUGUACGCGUGAUACAUCCUCGUUGGGACACGGGUGAUUUUCUCGCACUACGACGGGACAAUAGGCGUCUGACAGGUACAAUGUGGCUGAUGUUUCUCACGGAUGUAGUAUUGUAAUUGCGCCUUGGUGAAGGCCAGACCAAAGGAAGAGAGCAAGCCACCACAGCCAUGUCGACUUGCGGCAAGACUAGCACCGAGGAAUCACCUGUCUCAGUGGCUGUGGGAAUUACACAGGAGGGCCGUGGGUUAGCGGAGUGACACCGCCCGACCAUCAGUGCCUCCCAGAACGUAUGAUCCCUAUUUCUAGCUGUACAACUAAAUCAAUGAACUAAGAAUGACAGCCAGUUCUUGCGAUGUCAACCUUCUCUAAGGAAAGAGAAAUACUUUUAGUUCUCUCAGCAAAGCCAGCGAAUGUGUUGCUUGCACAUGUAGAGGAAGAUGAGAUCGUUUGCUAAGGAUUCUCUCUCCGGAUUUAGUAAGCGGAGAAUAUGGCUGUUCCUGCACCUGCUGCAUGUCCUGAUGCUGUCACAAACUAGCUCUAUGCCCACUUCCAACCCCACGGAUCCGUCAGUUCUACAGUUUGAACAGCCUCCUCAGCCAGACCUGCACAUCAUAAAUCCCAUUCCGAUUUCCGAUCCCACACCAACGCCAGUCCUAGUCUCCGACGUCCUCAUGGACACCAUAUUCGACGGCGGCCCAGACCAACCCUGCACAGGUGCCGAAUGUGCUGGUGGAGCAGGUGGCGCGCAGCGGAAGCCCCAUCAGCAGAAAGGUGGCUCGCAGACGUCUCAACGCGCCGGAAGCGCUCACACAUCUGCUACUGGCACGAGCGCUGGCAGUCCAAUCUCAAAGCCCUCAAGCUCUGCGAUACCUGUGGAUGUGAACGACGCCGUGAAGAAGUACGUGGCAGGGAAAUCUUUAUCGCUACCCGACGUGCAUCAUGUCAUUGUGGAUCAGACGAGUCUUCCAGCUGACGUUGCGGGAAGUCCACCUGUAGCAGUUAGCUCACCUGUCCCACCCGCGCCACCAAGCAAUUCGGAUGCUAAGAGCCCUGCCGUGCCACAUCCUCCAUCCCCAGGCCAACAAGGCCCAGCAGGGCCGCGCCAUCCCCAGCACAAGCCACCACAACCCACACCCGCUCCGGACGCUCAUCUCUUCGCACAGCCUAUAGCUGCGGUGGUGGACGUGGCGCAGCAGCCUGCGCGCCCAAUUGGUGUGCAGCAACCUCGUGGGAACCUUGCGUUGGUGCCCGUGCCGUCUCCCCACCACCCCAUGCCCAGAUUACCAGGACACCAGCAUGUCCUGACUCAACAACAGCCUAUCUUACCAGGCAUUGCACAGUCAGUCCCUGUAAAUAACAUUCUCCACCAACCAACUCUGCCUCGCGUCCCUGUCCAGGACGCUGAAGCAGGCGAGCAGGCAGAAGCACCUGAUCCAGGGGAGCUUAUGUGCGGAGCCGUCGAGUACGAAGUCGGUGAGGAGCUGUGCUGCAACGGAACUGUGCGGCAGGUGCAGGAGGGCGCGGCGCAUUUGGCACGAUGCUGCGGCCGCGCCGCGUACGACACUCGCACGCAGACGUGCUGUGAGUACCCGGUGUCAUCGACCAGUCCUCAGCGUCGCGUUCUGACGAAAGUGAUAACAACGGCCAUGGAGACGUGCUGUAGUUCCACCCCUGCGCAAGUUCAGCAACAGGUGUUGCUGUGCUGCGGACACCUGUCCUACGACCCCCGGUCCUCCAUGUGCUGCAAUGGUCAUGUUUUGCAGGGCUCUCCGCAGAACGGUCACAGAUGCUGCGGUGCUGAAAAGUACAUCCAGGGCGUCGAGGCGUGCUGCGGAAAUGCAGUAGUCUAUGACCCGAGAGUUGGCACCUGCUGCGGAAGCAAGAUCACCUCAACGCGCUCUAACUCACAGCUGUCCUGCUGCGGAAAUCAACCAUUCCAGCCACGCAGCGGUUCGUUGUGCUGUUCCGGAAUACUGUACCACAACAACGGGCAGAAUCCGAGUCGUGUGGCGUGCUGUGGUAGGGCGAAGUACGACAGGCUCUCUCAGCUUUGCUGCCCUGGCGGCAGAGUUGUUCAAGGCACCAAUCAGCAACAGUGUAGCUCUGUCGCUCCUACUCUAAAUGGAGCAGGACAGCAGCGUCUUCAACAACACCUCCAGCCCGCCCAUCCCGCCCUGCCCAGGCCUCAAUACCCAUACCAGACCGGGGCAUUGCCCGGGGCGCAGUACCGAAGCAGGACAUUGCCGGCGUCUUCGUACCAUUACACCGGCAAUCAGAUGGGCCGUGGUAAUCUCCCGCUUGCCAACACUAUGACAGAUUCUAGUCGUGCAGACUACGGCCCUGAUGCAGGCUAUGUCCCCUCUAGUGUGUCAAUGAUCGGUAAUCACCCAGCGAGCUACAACCAAUACAUCACGAAUCAGGUGCGCAAUCAUCACGCUGCCGCUACUGGAACUGGGUACGCGCAGGGACAUCAUCGCUCCGUGAAUUCCCCGCCUGGCGACAAUACCGCGCAGCAGUCCAGGAAAACUGCAGCUACAGAUGGGAAACCUCGCCAGUGGCAAGAUCAAGCUGACAUCUUCUUGAACAGCAUGUCGGGAGGUGCGACUCACACCAGCAACGGAACUGCGUCACCAUAACUUGGCAUAAGCUGUGCAUGUGUGCAAUACCCCGGUCGUGCCAGUUUGCCCCAGGCCCUGAUGCAUUAGCACAGUUAUGCGCUGCAUGUGCAAUGAGCCUAUUGUGCCAGUCCGCCCCAUGUGUAUUGCAACUGUUUUGCACUGUGUUGCAUCGGAACUUGAAGGCCCCAGCUGGGAAGAUCAGCAUAGUUGAUUAUUCAUCCUUACAGCUGUCCGGAAAAAGCACGCACAGCUUAUUGCUCCAUUCCUUACAACAUUUACAAACCCCACAUCAUCACAAACGGAACAUGUUAUGGUCUCUUCGUUGAAAAUCUGUACAAUUUCAAUCAAAUUUUCUCCAGGAGCCAUCAUCAGCAUGAGCACCUGCUAGCACAUUGUUAGCUCUAGCUCUUGACCAAUAGACCAUGCAGCUCGCGACUUUUACUCCGUGUUUGAAUAUGAGAUGACACAAUCAUGUUGUGAUACCGGUACUUGCACAGUGAUGGUUUUUUUCUCUCAUAGCCCUGUACAUUUCCCAACUUGAGAUCUUAGGACAUACAUUAUUUGUUUCUUGAUUCAUUUUACACUUCGACCUGAGCUCCAUGAUGACAUACUGUGCGAACAUUUAUGUUACUGAUGAUCAAACCACUACAA